UGGCAUGGUAACCGCGAGCCUGGAUAGAACCGACAUGGCUUCCCAGCCUAACAGUGGGCCUCCGCUAAGCGAUCAGAGCAGUUACUAUGAAGGUACCAGGUACACUCCCAGCCAAACGGGAUCGCUCUGAAAUUGCCAACGAGCCACAAAAAGAGGCAGGAAGAGAGACGUCCGGUUCUCCCAAGAAGGCGUGACGACCAGCCAUUUUUCUUCUCCCACCUCUUUUAUUUUGCUUUAUUUUUCUACAUCUUUUUCGUCUGCUACCUGAGCCACUUCCAGAGAGAGACUACCACCCACCAGCUUGAAUUUACGGUUAUGGUGCCCCUGCGUCGUGAUUUGUCUGAUGGGAGAGGUUCAUUUUGGUCAUCAACUACUUGGCCUGGACUCACAAACAGAGCGCUCACAAACUAAGGUAAGGAGAGACCUUUUUAACAAAAUUCUGCACGUUGACAUUUACCAAAUCAUUUGUGAGUCCGAGCCAAGUAAUUUUUUCUAAUCAUAAGUUUUGUGUGACUCGCGAGAUAGAGAAAUCCUACAACAAAGGUUGGGGAAGGUUAUCCUCCAAUCACGACAGAUUGGGGAAGGUUGUCCCCCAGUGACGGCUGGGGAAGGUUAUCCUCUGACGACGGUCGGGGUAGAUUUACCACUAUCAAAAGGUAAAUAUUUGUAGUGAAGUAUCCUUCUGGUAAGGUCUUGCAGGAUAAGACUAAUACAGUGUUAUUCAUGUGUAGAAUUUUUUUUUCAGGCAUUUUUAGUACACGCCGAAAGAACUGUUAGGAGAAUUCCGAAGUGAAUUAAAAAGAAGUAUUAAGUGUGGGGAAACCCCAAGGGGAAAGGCUUCACUUGUGGUAGAAGCUUCCUUUCUCACACUUGAAAUAUCUGUCACUGAGACAUUCACUUUUCCACGAAUUCUCCCCAUAUUUAUAUGAUGGAAGAAAAUGUUGACAAACAUUGUCAAUUGGUAGAAAAACCGGAAUUGGUAUUCGGAGAUUCAGAUCACGAAGGGGGAAAAGGUGGCAAUUCACAAAGUUACUGUUACACUAUACGGGACUAAGGUAUGUAGGGGAGAAGAUACAGAAAUAGGAAAGAGAGAAAAUAAGUAAGUGGUUAGAUAAAAAAAGAGGAAAAAGGACAAAUCAGAAAGACUGAGCCUUUGCUUCCUGCGUUACACUGUCUAAAAGACAGACUAGUUGUAGAAAUAAAACUUCUAAAAAACAAAAAAACGUCCAUCUUUAAGAAAUCCACAGCCAACUCUAAAAUCGCUGAAAAAGAACAAGAUCUGUGUACAGUGAUGAAUGUACUUGCAUCUGUGGGGAUGAUUGAACCAAAAGAUGAUGCCAUGAUUAUGGCAUUACAAAAGGAAAAAAACAGAAAGAAAGGAGGAUGAAAUUGAAACAUAAAAAACCCCACCAUAUGCGCAUGCACCACAAACUUCCUCACUAUACCCAGAACUAACAGUACUUCACUUUAAGAUAAGAUGGAUAGACAAAAAGACUUCUGAAAACAGUGAGAUAGAACAAAUGCAGAAAACCCUGCUAAAACUGCAACAAGGCGCUGGCAGAGAAAAUGUGUCAAAAAAAACCCCCAAAAAACAGCCACUAUCUGUCAUGGCACCUCAGCUACUGUCGCAGGACCUGACGUGGCCCACUUUGCUUCUACAGCAGCAGACUAGAGGGGGGGUCAGAGGAGGUUUCAGGGGUCACUCCCGCGGCGCGAACUCCUUAAGAUGCUUUGCAUGUGGAAAAACUGGACACGUUGCAAGUGUCUGUCGAGGCCCUGCUGGAGUACAGAGUAACUACAGUUGUUACACAUGUGGACAAGAGGGACACACUGCCAACUGUUGUCCCAACCUGCUGCCCAGAGGACGUGGUGAAACAACAGGUCGAGGCAGGGGAAAUGUGCCAAAGAGACAUUUUACAAAAAUGUAAUGCUGCCACUGUCUGUCUGUUUCCAGAUAGAACCAAAGGAGACCUGCAUACACAGGAGACCUGCAUACACAUGUGCUGGCAUGUGUCCAACAAAAAACUGUGACUCCUGUUGCUGACAUCUAUUGGGGACUGCUCGACACGUGUCAAAUAAAUAACAGAGUGCUGCAGGCAUUUGCGGAGUGGAAGGUGUGGAUUGUGUCCUUGGGGCCAUUCCUGCCACCCUCUGACCCUAGACAUUGUACCUUGUUCUAUGAUAGAGAACCCGAUUUGAUUUAUCAACAAGAAUUUUUUGAAAAACUAUCAGACACUCAUGGUAUUUUACCAACUGACAGAAUAGUGGUGGGACGAGAGGGUGUUGCGGCAGUGGUUCACCUGACAUCGGAUUUAUUGCCUUGGUUCAAAAUGACAUUUUCUGCGCCUCACCUUUAAUUGGCACUUAAACGAGAAGGAUUAAGAAAUCUGUCGGGUAAACUCAAUUGGACACAUGAUGAGAAAGAACUCUUCAUACAAAUUAAACAAGAAUUGAGUCAAGCCAUUACUUUGGCACUUCCGAAACUACCGUUUCAUUUAGACAUCUUUAACAAAACUCAUACUGCGCUGCAGUAUUGUACCAACUAGUACGGAGUGAAAAAAAGGUACUACUACACACGAGUGUUUUGUUAGAACCAAUAGUAGCACGUGCAUCUGACCGCGAGAGGUAUGCAGCAGCAGCUGCGGCUCUUAUCGAAAAAUGCGCACAUGUAGUGCUUAUGCACCCGCUCUGCGCACACACCACGCACUCCACAACCGCUUUCAUCAACUCAGGACUAUUUACCUUUUCAAACAAGCAAAAAAAUUAAAUAUUAUCAUUGUUAGAACAACCGCAUAUUCAGUUUACAUCUGUCAAUACUAACAUGGCUGACGGUGUAACUGAAGGAAUGCAUUGGUGUGAGGAGAAGGCUAGAAAAGACAAAGCAUGUCAUUCAGAUUUAUUGUCGGAACCGUUGAAGGGAGGGAGAAAGUUGUUUACGGAUGGUUGUUGUUAUAGGAAAAACAAUGGGGAACUAGUGGCUGGAUGCGCUGUAAUUGAAGUAGUAGUGAACGAAAGGAGUCGUUGAAUGUAUGAAUGCAACAUUAAAACAAAAUUGGCUAAAUGCUGUGCAAAGUCAAAUAUGUCAUGGUUGAGAGCUCAUGUCCAUCAGAGCAUCUGUAAAUAGUAAACACAAACUCAACCCUUUCAAAAUAUACCAUGCUUUUUCUUUUUCUUUUCCUGGUCCAUGUUCUGGCUCAUCUUUUGAGUCACCUUCUUCCUCGUGCCUGUCUUACUUUAAUCAAUUAAGAGGUGUUCUGUCCAGCUUUGCUGGCAUCCAGUCGGACGGCGAUAAUCCACCUGCAUCUGUUUGGCUUCGAGUGAUAAAGAGGAAGUGGUCUGAACCCAAGGUGGACGGGACCGUUCACCGUCACUGCGACGAUUUCACACGCCGACCAACUUGAAGGAAAAGGGACUACCUGGUUCCACAGGUCACAAUGUCAUGUUGCCAAACCACUUUGAUUGUUUCAUUAGUGUUGCAUUUAUUGCCUCAAGUUGCAUUCGGCAAACAGGUGGAAUUUAGUAGACCAACAAUUCAUGUAGCAGGAGAAAGGGAAGCAAAUGUGGAAUACCAUUCCAAAUUACAAUUAAUCACAAGAAAGGAACAAACAAUGCUUAUGUUUUUCGACUUAUGUGAAGUGAUUCACUAUGAAGGCUAUAACAGCUCAUAUAGAGGAACAGACAUAUACUUAUGUUUCGACCAGACGGUACAGACCCGAUGCGCGCAGAAUUUGCCAUAUAGUCACACAUGGUGUCAGACAUGGGGACAAACCACCCAUUUUACCGGCAGUUGGACCCCAGAAAAAAUGGUGGACAAAGGCAUUAAGGGCCAGAAAAACCAUAAUGCAAUAAUGGAUAGAAUAAAAUUCCAAAUAAAUUAUGAUUCAACACAAAACCCUAUUAUGCUAAGCAUCAAUGGUCAGGUAAUUGGAAAAACACAACAUUCAUAUUUAGUGAUAGGAGCGGAUGUUUCUGGAAGAGAUCCACGUGGUCUUAUCUACAUCAUUGUAUUUGAGGAAGAACAAACCGCUAACAACCAAUCAAGUUCCAAGGCUGUCGCAAACCCUCCUGUAAUACAAAUACUUAACAACCCACCAAGCAUAGUGGAAAUUUUCAACACAGAAAAAAUUACAUCAAGUCAAAUUUUAGCUUUAGUCACAAGAUACACACAACAAAACCUGUGGAUAGCCUACUUGCAAGAAACGGCCCGACUUGGCAAUUUUGGGGAUUGUAUAAUGUGUGCAGCCGCACGACCCACUUUAUAUUCAGCUCCAGGACCAAUUAUGGAUAUUGAUUCACUAAAUUGCAAUAUUGAAAUAUACAAAAUAAACCAUAAUGUUAUCUCUCGAUGCGCCAAGUAUGAGAAUAUGUGGCCAAAAUUACCUAAAAGUACAGUACCACUCAUGGCCCAUUAUGCAGAAGGAAAUUACACUUGUUUAAAGCAUGACAGAAUUAACCAGAACAAAACGGAAUAUCUGGGGGUAUUUCCAUUUUGUCAUAAUAUAAUAGAUGUCACUACAUGGGGGGCGGCACGGUGGCCGACUGGUUAGAGCGUCAGCCUCACAGUUCUGAGGUGCGGGGUUCAAUCCCCGUCCCCGCCUGUGUGGAGUUUGCAUGUUCUCCCCGUGCCUGCGUGGGUUUUCUCCGGGCACUCCGGUUUCCUCCCACAUCCCAAAAACAUGCAUUAAUUGGAGACUCUAAAUUGCCCGUAGGCAUGACUGUGAGUGCGAAUGGUUGUUUGUUUCUAUGUGUCCUGCGAUUGGCUGGCAACCAGUUCAGGGUGUACCCCGCCCCUUGCCCGAUGACAGCUGGGAUAGGCUCCAGCACGCUCGCGACCCUAGUGAGGAGAAGCGGCUCAGAAAAUGGAUGGAUGGAUGGACUACAUGGGGAAAUAUUACGGUAUUGAGCAAAAGGUCUUUAGGUGAUUUGGCAUAUACGUGUGAAAUUAAUGUAGUAAGAGCUGUGUUACCUGACAAAUGGAAAGGGACAUGUACAAUGAUUUCAUAUGUGGCGUCAACCACUGUCAUUUUCGCCAAGGAUCGAAUAAUGAGACCAAAAACAGAAACUAAUGUGAGGUCAAAGAGAUCAAUCAGCGAUAAUUGGUCAGAGGACAGAACCACAUAAUAGAUGGCAUUGGAGUUCAAAAUGAAUACAAACUGAUUGAUCAAAUUGCAGCAGGAUUUGAAAAUAUGCCCAUCAUCUCUGCCUUGUUCCCAGUAACUCCAAACAAGAAUGUGGAUAGGAUCUGCUUUGUUUAUUACAAUUUGCAAAGAGCAGUAAACUUAACCAGUGAUGCCAUUGAAGGCUUAGCUGAACAAUUGGCCCCCACUUCCCUAAUGGCAAUUCAAAACCGCAUGGCCCUUGACAUGAUCCUUGCCGAAAAGAAUGGUGUUUGUGCAAUGUUUAGUCCAUAAUGUUUUACUUUUAUUCCCAACAACACACCCCCGGAUGGAAAAGUAACGAGAGCCCUACAUGACAGAUUCAACAGGCAUUUCCAACCCCCUGCAAGAUUGGGCUACGGCAUGGUUUGGAAAAUGGAAACACCUUGUAAUUACAUUUAUAAUUGCUAUUGUUACUGCUGUUACUUUAUUCUUGCUUUUCAGAUGCUGUAUUAUUCCAUGUACGAGGACACUGUGUGUCAAGAUGGUCUCGGGAGUGGUGGAAAAGAAUAUGAACCAGCCGGAAUCACAGAUGUUGACCUCCGAAGAAGCUCCUACUCCUGAAGUUCUGCUCACACAAGACGACGGAUGGAUGAAUUAUUAUUAUUAUUAUAUAUUAUUAUUAAGAAUAUACAGUGUCUUUUCUCUUAGCAUGUUACGGGACUUGUCUUUUUCCCUCCUCAUAUCAAUAUAUGGGGAGGUUUUUGGCCUGUCUCAAGAGUAGUACUGCCUUAUGAAGAAUGCUUAGCUCAUGACUACGUUGUUUAUAUAUCCUCUGAUAGCCUUUCACAUAGAGUAGUACUGCUUAGGGUCUGUUACAUAGUUCCACUAUGUAAACAGGGGAAUUGUUGGAUUGUUCUAUUUUGUACUCAUGAAGCUAUGUUCCAUUAUCUCACAAUUAACUUCCGUUUCCAAAACACUAGGGUAAUACAUGAUUAAGUUUUGUUAUCCAUGAGAAUAUGUAGGAGUUUAGAUUACUGAGGAAGGGCCAGAGAUACCUUCUGCCAAAAAUAAAUAUCAAAACCUUCUGCUGAACAGUCAUAACGAAACCUUCUGAUGUGUAUAAAAGGAGUUAGCUCAAAUAAACGAGGUGUGUCAUUCAGUCAACAUGCACUCUGGUGUACAGUUGAUUGUAUGCACCCUGAGACUCAG